CAGUUAUGGAACAAAGAGUUCAAGAAUAGGUUUGGAGCAGCGCAUUGCGGCCUGGGCUAUUGCAGAUGGUGAUUCAAACCCUUGGAUCCAGGCCGACCUUGGUCAAGUUAUGUUAGUAAAAGAAGUUGUUACCCAAGGAAGAUCUGGUUCAAAUCAGUGGGUGAAUUCAUACAAAGUUUACUAUGGUAACGAUGAUAACAACCUACAAGAAUAUGGAACGAUUCUACAAGGGAAUAGCGAUGAUGAUACCAAGGUUACAAACCAGCUUAAUCCACCUUUAGAAGCCAAAUAUGUGCGUAUCAAUCCUCAAACCUGCAAUAACCAUUGCAGCAUGAGAUUUGAUGUCAUCGGCUGUCCAAUAGCAAAUCAAGUUGUGUGUACUGAACAGCUGAUAUCUGGUCGUGUCUACCAUAUUAAUGACUCAUCUUUAACUGCAUCAAGUGAAUAUGGUGCGAACUACAGGGCUUCGUAUUCAAGACUAGAUACAUUCCAGUCAGCUGGAGGCUGGGUCGCUCCUACUAACGAUGACGAACAGUGGAUACAGGUUGACCUUGAUGAGGUUAUGUUAGUGAGAGGAAUUGUGACUCAAGGGAGAAAUCAAGCGACGCAAUGGGUCACAUCAUACAAUAUGUUUUAUGGCAUCAGUAUAGGCAACUUACAUAGGUAUCAUAUGACGCUACAAGGUAAUUCAGAUCCGGAUACUGAGGUGACAAAUAUGCUAGAUCCACCUGUGGUAACCAGAUACGUACGUAUCAAUCCUCAAACCCGCCAUCAACACAACACGCUGAGAUUUGAUGUUAUCGGCUGCCCAUUGGUUAAGCCUGAAAAUGUUGGUGCAUGGGUCAACGUCACGUUGGCAAGGCCAUACUGGGUAAAAGAAGUCAGUUUGAUACAGAAUCGUGAAAGUCUCUUGACGCAGGCGAGUAAAGUCAAAAUGGAUUUCAGCGAUGGUUCGUCCAAAGAGAUUGGUUUGUUCGAUAUGAAGCCCGAUGACCAACAUAGCCGGGAAGCAGUGAGAUUCGAUUCACCCGUCCUUUCCAAUUGGGUGAAAAUUAUAUUCGUUGAUGCAUAUCUGAAAUCAAUGGAAUCAUUCGGAAUAGUGGAACUGGAUAUAAUUGCUGAUUUUGGCCAUUUGACUAACCAGGCUGCUUUGUCUGGCACUGCAACUUCAUCAUCUGAAUUUAACGUUGAUAUGGCGGUAGAAAAUACAAUUGACGGGACUCUAGUUAAAUACUUCGGCUUUGCUCUUAAUACUUGGGAGGACCAAUGGGUUUCGAUAACGUUAGAAGCAGAGCAUUGGGUUCAUGUUGUGAAAUACGCCAACCGGUGCGAAAUGAAUAGCGAGCAUCGGAGUGUAGUCGUCAAAUUCUUCAAUGCGAUGCCAAGUCUGAUAUGGGAAUCGUCGGUCGGUUCACAAGUUUACAUGUACAAAGAUAUAGAAGACUGUAGAAGUUUCCGAUGGACGACAAUUCCCUUGACUCAUACUCGAUUAGUAAAAUCGGUUAAAUUUACAGUCAAGCAAAUGUGGCUUAAUGAAGGGACGACUUUAACAACAGGGAUGUCGGAGAUUCAAAUUUUUACAGGACGGAAUCUUGUGGGUUCAUCGUCACCAAUCAUGGAUGAAACGUUUCCUGGCGAAAUUAGAUCACUCAUCCAUACCCUGACAGACAUGGAAAAAUCACCUUGUUCCUUCGAGGUUCAGAAUGUUCCUAGGGGGAGAUUUGUUUUCCUUACAAAUGCAAUUGGUUUGACUCAAUUCAAACUUGUGAUCACAACAAAUGGUGGAGCUGCCGAUGAUUUUCAUGUGUAUAGUACGAGUGACACAACAACUGAUAUUGCAUCUGCAAGAAUGCUGCGCUGUACCGGACCUGAUUACCCGGGUACUGGAGAGUUUGCAUGGACAUGUACAGCCGAUGAAGGAGAAGGUUCUCUAUAUGCUGCUAUGAUUGUGGUAUCAACCUCAUCUAUGUACAAGCUAUGUGAGAUUGAACUACUAGCUGGACCUGAUUCUUGAAAGUAACGCCCAUUUCCUCCUGUGCUCGUUAUCGGCAGCAAGGUUAUUAGAGAACUGCGAGUAGGGUGGGGGGGGGUACAGGAGGUGACCAGAAAAACGUUACCCUCUAAUGUUGGAAUGAUUUUCUUAAUAAUGAAGAAAUAUUUGAGAUUUAUGUCGUGUAGAUACAGAGGUGUACUUAUAUUGUAUCUAUGAUUUUUGAGAUUUGGAGUAAUUUCGUUUUUCGGCCAGGUAUGCUCAUUUGCGAAAUUGUUAAAUAAAAGGUUCAAAAUGCAAUUUUGGAAUGGGAUUUCUGUCGUAGCAAUUAUGUAAGUCAUUUCUAGACUGCUUUAAUCGGACAUGUGUUCUAAAUGUAUUGACAUAAUGUUGUCAGGUAUGAUGAAUCGAGUUGCUUAUUUGGUUUAAAAAAGACAGGUUUUCAAACUUUUAUUGUCGAGUGAUUUGGAAUCAGAGCAUGUCUCCGCUGAAAAUAUGGUAUCUCUAAGGCUGCGUUUUUGCAAAAGCAGUUCAUCCAAGCGCACUUAGACCGUUAAUUAC